UUUUGGGUCAGUGACAGUGUGUCAAUGGCCGCAGAUGCAUCGCAAAGGAAGGCUCUGAGAUACCAACAGACCCUGCUGUAUGGGGAGUACAGUGAACAACCCGGGGGGUCCUGUCGACGAGAUGCUGGUCACCUAUUGACAGGGAAGCAGGCGAAGAAACAGCAUCAUCAUGGACACCAGCACCAUGGUCAUCAUAGACACCAUCUGCACAGUCACAGCCACCGCAGCCGACCCCACAUGGAACUGGACACAGAACAUGAUAGUAAAGAAUCAGAGAAGGGGCACACAUCCUCCCUGAAGAAACAACCCUCCUACUCCAAGUGUAAAGACUAUGUGGUUCGUGUACAGACGUUCCUAGUAACUAAACUGGGAGAAGAUUGGAUCUUUCUGGUUCUCCUGGGUGUCUCCAUGGCAUUAGUCAGUUGGACUAUGGACUAUGCCAGUGCCAAGAGCCUCCAAGCUUAUAAGUGGAUGUAUGGGAAGCUGAGGGGAAAUGUCCCACUGCAGUACUUGGUUUGGGUCAGCUAUCCAAUGGUGCUCAUCUUGUUCGCCUCCUUCUUCUGCAAUCUGGUUGCUCCACAAGCCAUCGGUUCUGGUAUCCCUGAGAUGAAAACAAUCCUUAGAGGAGUUGUGCUGAAAGAGUACCUCACUUUUAAAGCAUUUGCAGCAAAAGUAGUUGGUCUUACUGCUGGACUAGGAAGCGGAAUGCCAGUAGGCAAAGAGGGUCCCUUUGUACACAUAGCCAGCAUUUGUGCUGCUGUGCUCAGCAAGUUUAUGUCCUUAUUUUCUGGGGUCUAUCAGAGCCCAUAUUGCUACACAGAUAUUCUCACAGUCGGGUGUGCUGUGGGGGUAGGCUGCUGUUUUGGAACUCCACUUGGAGGCGUGCUGUUCAGCAUUGAGGUUACAUCAACUUUCUUUGCAGUGAGGAACUAUUGGAGGGGGUACUUUGCUGCCACAUUUAGUGCCUUCAUAUUCAGGGUGCUUUCAGUGUUCAAUAAAGACGCAGUCACCAUCACUGCUCUGUUCCGCACCAAGUUCCGCAUGGACUUCCCCUUUGACCUGCAGGAGCUGCCAGCAUUCGCCAUCAUUGGCAUUUGUUGUGGGUUUCUUGGAGCUUUCUUCGUCUACUUGAACCGGCAGGUUGUCCUGUUCAUGAGAAGACCCAACGCCCUUACACGGUUUCUUACCAAACACCGUCUAAUUUACCCAGCCGUUGUAACAUUUGUGAUCGCAACGCUGACAUUUCCUCCAGGAUUUGGACAUUUCAUGGCCGGAGAGUUAAUGCCCAGAGAGGCUAUAAACUCUCUGUUUGAUAACUUCACCUGGACCAAAAUAUGGGGUGCUCCUGCUCCACCUGGUCUGGGACGAUCUUCUGCCUGGCUUCACCGGGAUGUCAAUGUAUUUAUCAUACUACUUCUCUUCUUUAUCAUGAAGUUUUGGAUGUCAGCUGUUUCAACGACAAUGCCCAUCCCCUCUGGAGCAUUCAUGCCUGUGUUUGUACUUGGUGCAUCAUUUGGUCGUCUAGUGGGGGAGAUCAUGGCCACCCUAUUUCCUCAUGGCAUUCUAUUUGAUGACAUCCUCUACCGGAUCAUUCCUGGAGGGUAUGCUGUCAUUGGUGCAGCAGCAAUGACAGGGGCUGUCACUCAUACAGUCUCUACUGCUGUGAUUUGUUUUGAGCUGACUGGUCAGAUCUCGCACAUUCUGCCCAUGAUGGUAGCAGUUAUCCUGGCCAACAUGGUGGCACAAGGACUUCAACCCUCACUCUAUGACUCCAUCAUCCAGGUCAAGAAGUUGCCUUACCUCCCAGAGCUAGGCUUCGGUCAUAUCAGUCAAUAUAACAUCUUUGUUGAAGACAUCAUGGUGAGAAAAGUGAAAUAUCUGUGCUCACAGUCCACAUACAGAGAAGUGCUGUAUCUACUAGAUUCCACUUCCCUCAAAAAUUUCCCUCUGGUGGACACAAAAGAAUCAAUGAUCCUCUUGGGAAGCAUUGAGCGGUCUGAGCUUCUUGCCCUCUGUGAUUGGUGGCUGUCAGCAGAGCGGCGGAUCAUGACACAGGAAGAGGGUUUGCAAGGCCAAGGGUUAUGUGCCAGCUGGGAAUCCAUUGCCUUUGUGGAUGAAGAAGGAGAAUACAGUGGUGGUGAAAAGAGCGUAUCGAUGCUAGAAGAAAGGAAUGGUCCUUUACCUUCACCCAAACCGCCAGAGCCCAUCCCAAAUGAUACCCCUCCUGCUAAAGGUCCUCUCCAGUCUUUCAGGAAAACUUUACACAACCUUUUCUCCUCCUCUUCAGAAAGACAGGCAGAGGAGCAAUCAAAGGAACCAACUCCUCCACCCCUCACUGAUACAAUGACACCUGAAGAGGUUAAAGCAUGGGAGGAUUCACAGAUGGAUAAGCCACUAGAACUUGAGCGGGUGAAGAUAGAUCCAUCUCCUUUUCAGCUGGUGGAGAGAACAUCAUUACACAAGACUCAUACACUGUUCUCCUUACUGGGCCUCAGUCAUGCCUAUGUUACCAGUAUUGGCAAGUUAGUGGGAGUUGUGGCACUGAAAGAGCUUCAGAAAGCCAUCGAGGGCUCAACACGGAGUGGGGUCCGCUUGCGUCCCCCUCUAGCCAGUUUCCGUGACACCAUUCGUAAGUACUCCAAGCCAACCCAAGCCUCCACGGCCCCAACUUCCCCAAUGUCUUCCUCUGCCCCCGACUCCUACCAUCUUUCAUCCCAAGUGGUCUCCCAAGUUCCCCUGGCCCCUGUCCAACCACAGGAGGAGGCAGAAGUGUGGAUUGAAGGAGUAAAACAGGAGAUAUUGGUAAAAACAGAAAGCAGCAGUGUAAGCAGCAGCCCUCAGACAGGAACUAGUAUCAGCAGGGCAGGAAGUCACAACGGCAGUCCGUCUCAAACUCAAACUCCUUCCUCUCAUCCCACUAUAUCGCUCUCAUCCCUGAGACCUGCGCCUGAGAACAAACAAGAUGGUGAUCAAGAAAGCGAUGAUGAGGAACCCCUUUAAGGGCCAUGUUUAUAAUUUGUUUAUUUCCCCCUUUAUUCUACUUUUAAAGAAUAUUUCUGUGUUUUUAUGUUCUCUUGAGUGAUAUUGCCUUUGGAGUUUAGGUAGUCAUAAUCAUAUGUGCCUGUGAAAAAUUGCUGAAAGUACUUUUGGUGGUUCAAGAGUUGUCAUUAAGCAGUGUAAUUACUUGGUUAGCCAGUGGUGAUUUUGUGUUUUCCAUGUUGAAUUAACAUAACAGCAAUUGGUUAACAACAGCGUUUGGUUAAAGCAAACCGUCAAAAUGUACAGAUAUCGAAUGGACAGUACUUAAAAAGUUCUAAAAGGUUUUUGUGAUGUAAAAAGUUUAAACUAAGAUAAAUCAUGUCAGAACUUUUUCCACCUUCGAUAUGAAAUUGCAAUGUAUAAAAAUUAACUGAAAACAAGCUGAAAAAUUUACAGGGAGAAAAAUAAAUAAAUCUUGCAAUAACCUGGUUGCAUAAGUGUGCACACCCCUAAACUAAUUCUUUGUUUAAACACCUUUUGAUUUUAUUACAUCACUCAGUCUUUUUGUGGGAAAGUCUGUCAGCAUGGUACAUCUUUACUUAGCAAUAUUUUCCCACUCUUUCUUACAAAAACAUUCUAGAUCCAUCAGAUUGUGAGGGCAUCGUCUGUGAAGAGCUCGCUUCAGGUCACCCCACAGAUUUGUAGUUGGAUUCAGGUCUGGGCUCUGGUUAGGUCUUCUUUUGGUUAAGCCGUUCCUUUGUUGAUUUGGAUGUGUGCUUUGGGUCAUUGUCAUUCUGAAAGGUGAAAUUCCUUUUCAUCUUCAGCUUACUAGCAGAUAAAUGAUGGUUUUGCCCUAAAAUAAACUGGUAUUUGUAGCUAUUCAUAAUUCCCUCCACCUUGAUUAAAGCCCCAGUUCUGGCUGAAGAAAAGCAGCCCUAAAGCAUGAUGCUGCCACCACCAUGCUUCACCCUGGGUAUGGUGUCCUUUUGGGGAUCUGCUAUUUUUUGCACCAAACAAACCUUUUGGAAUUAUUCAAUUAUUAUACCUUUUGAAAUUGGUCUCAUCAGACCAUAACACAUUUUGCUACAUGGUUUGGGGUGAUUUAGUUGAACUUGAAUGAUUUUUGAGAGAGUCCUGUUCUUGGAGAUAUCACUGUGGUGCUGCCUUUUCUCUAUUUGUUAAUGAUGGCCUUCAUAGUGUUCCAUGGUAUAGUUAAUGUUUUGGAAAUUAUUUCAUACCCCUAUCCUUUCAACAGUGAGAUGCUGUAAGCUCUUUGAAGACCAUGGCUUUAGCAGUCAGAUGAAACCAAUAAUAUGUGAAGAAAAUCCUACAGAAACAGCUGAUCUUUAUUUGGGGUUAAUCCGAAUAAGUUUGUUGUUGAGCUUGGAUGUGAUUGGUUAAUUCUGAACACAACCAUGUCCCCAGUUAGAAAAGGGUGUGCAAACCAGGUUGCAUAUGUUAUUGCAAGUUUAUUGUAAGUUUUUUAUUUUUCCUAUUUUUCUCUAAAAUGUUUCUGAUUGUUUUUCACUUUAUUUUUAGAUGUUGUAAUUUCACACUGAGGGUGGGAAACGUUCUGACAUGAUUUAUCUUGGUUUCAUUUUUUUACAUCACAAAAACCUGCCAUUUUAACAGGGGUAUGUAGACUUUUUAUAUCCACUGUAGUAACUCUGUGGUACAUAGCAUGUCCUCCAGCUCCACAUGGAACGGUAUCCACGUGUGGCCCAUUCUGGCCAGUUUCUAUGACUGACACCAACCAUAACUACCAAGCCAGCUCAGGCCUCCUCACGCCCCAUAUUUACCAAUGUCCUCCACUCCUACCGUAGAACUUUCCAGUCUUUCAGUCUUUUUAUAAGUGUUCUGCUGCAUUGGACUUACCUUGUAAGUUGCAAGCUAGCCAGCUAACUCUUAUGAGCAAUGCAUAUUUACCUCUAAAGCUAAAAGAAAUACUUGUAUUUACAGUAUAACUCAUUCAAAUAUAAGAAGUGCUAUUUUGUUUACUUCGGAUGCUCUGUGCAGCCAUGUUGAUUUGACCUCAAUCCAUAUACUGGGAAUGAACUUGUAGUUGAGACGACUACCCCAAGUUGAUGAGUAGGGGUGUUUUCUAUGGUUUUUCCUGAUUAGAGGUUGGGAAUUACAAGUUGUGACCUCGAGUCAGCUUUCUUUCUAGCCUUGCUCACUGACCUUUAAGGGAUCUUUGUUGUAAUUUAGCUAGAUAGAUAGCUAGUAGAUAGUGUGGUAUUAACUUUUUUUAGUGGUAUGCGGUUCAUUUUUCAGUUUUCAAACUUUAUCUUAAACUUGCUGUGUGCUUCAGGUGCAAACUUGGUCAAAAGUAUGUGGACACCUGACCAUCCCACCCAUAUGUGAGUCUUCUCCAAACUGUUGCCACCAAGUUUGAAGCACACAAUUGUAUAGAAUGUCUUUGUAUGCUGUAGCAUUACAGUUUCCCUUCACUGUAACUAAGAGUCUCAAACCUGUUCCAGCAUGACACAGUGCAGAAAGUGAGCUCCAUGAAGACAUGGUGUGUUAAGGUUGCAAGAAGGUGGAAGAAGUCCUGCACAGAGCCUGCACAGUGUCCUGACCUCAACCCCACUGAACACCUUUGGGAUGAACUGGAGCCUCCUCACCCAUCAUCAGCGCCUGACCUCAACCUCACUAAUGCUCUUGUAGCUGAAUGAACACAAAUCCCCACAGCCACGCCCCAAAAUCUAGUGGAAAGCCUUCCCAGAAAAAAGAGUGGAGCUUAUCAUAACAGGAAAUCUGGAAUGGGAUGUUCAACAAGCACAUAUGAAUGUGAUGGUCAGGUGUCCAUUAACUUAUUGUGUGAUUUGCAUCCAGUAUCUUUGGGUCAUUUAUUUUGCAGUUAGCAAAUGUAUACAGAAUUGUAUACAAAAAAACCCCAACAUUAUUUGGAUGCUUUCCUGUGCAGAUAUUAAUGUAAUUUAGGUUAUUUUUAAGAUGUCUAGAUCAUUAUUAUGUUGACAGUUUUCUCUCAAAGUUAAUCAUUACCCAAUCACAUCCGGAAUUCUACUUCUCUCAGGUUGCUCUAAUGUCUUUAAACUAACAAUUCUUACAUGAUCACUAUGUACUAUAUAUGCUGAUACUUUUUCUUCACUUUGUAGUACAUAAUACAUGAAGGAUGAUUACAGUCAUUAGUUGGAAAAAAAAUCACAAGCACUUAGUUUAUUUAUUUAUUUUUAAAUUCUUAUGUACAUUCUUUCUUUAUUUAUUCUUUAUCUACAUUGGUAUUUAUUUGUCUCUUUCUCAAUCAGUCUGAAAAGAACUUGUAUUUUUAGUAUUAGGUAUAGUCUUAGGAACGGUUUUGUAAGGUUUUUUUCCAAUAUAAGAUAAAUAAUAAUUUUUUAUUAGAAUGUGAUGUAACAAAUUCGCAUUCCGAUGAAUUAUGUAUACAGUAAACUUUUGUUGGGGAAACUAUGCAAUAAAUUAUGCAAUAAAUCAUGACAGUGGCAUUUACAUCUGUCAAAAGUUCUGAUGUAUUAUGACAGUAAUUUAUUUGUGUGUGUGUGUGUGUGUGUGUGUGUGUGUGUGUGCGUGUGUGUGUGUGCAUGGAUUUUUUAUUUGUUCUAGUUUGACAACUUCUAAUCAUACAGUGUCAGUCACUCACAGUAAGGUUUUUAUUUACAGCACAUAAAAAUACACACAUAGUGGAUAUCAUGCUCCAACCUAUAAUCACAGGUCACCUUAUGUCACUUGUUCUUUUAGAAUGUAAGUUCUUUUUAUAAGGUCAUGGUUUAAAUCUCCCUUUCUAAACCCAAACUAAACAAUCAAUCUAUCAAAUUACUCUUAUGUAAGAUAGUAAUAAUGUAUAUAUGACAUCUCUCCAUUCCCAUUACAAUAAAAACAUCCUCAUAAAGCCUUUCCCUACCUUCUAGAUAUUUUUGAUUUUGUAUAAUACUUUUGUUAUCUUAAAAAAAAAUGUUGCUCAAGUUGCAUAAUGGAUUUUAUCACCAAAAAAUAAACACCCGUUUGUUACAGAAAGCACAGGCCUUUUUUUUUUGUUGUUGUUGUUGUUGUUUUGAACACCUUGCAUUAGCGAAGCAUUUUAAUUUAAGAAUCCAUUCUCCACGCAUAUUUUCUAGUUAUCCAAGUAUUGGGAUACAUACAGUAUCUUCUCUCAUUUCAUAGAGAAUUAUUCUUCAUUCAUUGUCCACUGAGUAAACAGCAAACUCUUCAAAUAAUUAGAACAACACCUACAAUCAAUUAAUAGCACCUUCUUUCUUUCAAUUUCAUCCAUUAUGUCCACAGUCAUCUGGUCUGU